AAGUUGUUCCCCGACAGCAUAGAUCAGUUAGUUGGUGUGAUCAUGCUGCUUCGACUAACAAUUCUUGCGGUUACCGUUUUUGUCGCAUCCAUCGACGCGGCAAAACUAGAAAACGUUUUCGAAUGGAACGAAUUGAGCUUCAACUGGCCAGAUGAAAAAACGAAAGAAGCCGCCAUCAAAGCAGGGGGAUACAUCCCUGAGAACAACCUACCCUUAGGAUUGGAUAGAUGGAACGAUAAGCUGUUCGUCACAGUCCCUAGAUGGAAGAAAGGUGUGGCUGCAACCCUGAACUACAUCGACCUCAAAACCAGCAACAAAACGCCAUCCCUGACACCUUAUCCAGACUGGUCCUCCAAUACCCUCCCAGAGGGUGAAGAUGCGCAAGGGGAAACCAGGAUAAUCUCAACGUUCCGUGUCAAUGUUGACGCCUGCGAUCGUCUCUGGGUUAUGGACACAGGACUAGCUGACAUUUGGGGCGAAGGAAAACAACACUCCACACCAGCCAUCCUCAUUUAUGACCUCAAGACCGACAAACUCUUGAAACGCUAUGUGCUGCAGCCUACGGAUUUGAAGGAAGACUCAUUUUUCGCAAAUAUCAUAGUGGAUGUGAAUACUGAUAAAUGCGAAGAUGCCUUCGCUUAUAUUCCUGACUUGGGUGGAUAUGGUGUGGUGGUGUAUUCUCUGGCAGAUAACGAGUCUUGGAGAAUCAAGCACAAUUUCUUCUAUUUCGAUCCCCUGAAUGGAGAUUUCAAUGUCGGUGGUAUCAACUUCCAGUGGACGGAUGGUGUGUUUGGACUGGCUUUAGGAAGAAUACAACCUAAUGGAUAUCGCACCAUGUUCUUCCAUCCGUUGGCUGGAAUAAGAGAGUUCUCGGUUUCCACUGAAAUACUGAGAAAUAAAACUUUGGCUACAAGUCCUGACUCUUACCAUGCAUUCAAGCUGGAAGGAAAUCGUGGAGAAAAGACUCAAUCAUCUGCUUCUGAUCUGGACGAACAAACGAACGUCCUCUUCCUAACUCAACUGAAUAAAGAUGGGGUAGCUUGUUGGAACGUUGAGAAACCUUUGAAUCCUGACAAUCUGGGAACAGUGGCCCAAGACAGUGAAGGUUUAAUCUUCACUAACGAUUUGAAGAUUGAUGCUGAGAGAAACCUUUGGAUCCUAUCGGACAAGAUGCCAACCUUCCUGUAUAAAGCUCUUCAACCGAAUGAAACCAACUACAGAAUUUUCAAAGUGAAGAUAGACGAGGCUAUAGUUGGAACUCCCUGUGCUGCUUGAAUUUUCAGUUGUGGAAAAUCCAUGAAGAGGAACUACAUAUUCAUCAGUAUUCAAACAAAAUUAUUGUGAUAAAGUGUCGAAAUGAAGUUAUACGUAGAAUUUAGUGUAAAAUGAAUAAAUAAAACGAAAGAAUGUUAAUUAUUCGAAUAAAAUUAUAUUGAAAUUA